UUAGGCUUCGGCUACAAUCGCCAUCCACUUGCACAAAGCAAUUGUAGGCUAAGAUCAUUGUAAGUUACAAUCGAAACCUACAAUUGCCCCGGACCAAUUGUAGAGGUCUUACAAUCGACCAAGAUGGCGAGUACAGUUCUAUUUUGUAAAGAAUACGACAGAUUUUUAAGGAGAGAACGGGUUUUCAGAGACAGAACUAAGCAGCUCGACAUUCUGAGUGACGAGGAACUGUAUGCUCGAUACAGAAUGCCUCGUUUGUCGCUGUUCCAGUUACUACACAAAGUACGUCCAUUAAUCGAGCACCCCACAAAAAGAUCACAUGCCCUCACCCCAGAGACACAGUUUCUUUUAACAAUGCGCUUUUUAAGUAAGGGUGGCUUUUUGCUCGAAAUGGGCGAUCUCCACGGAGUACACCAGUCCAGUGUAUCGAGGUGUUUGCAUAGAACAGUGUCUGCAAUGAGCAGUAUGCUCGACAACAUAAACUUUCCUGAUCCAGCGUCCUUUCGGCACAUUAUGUCCGAUUUCCACAACAUCGCUGAGAUGCCCCGAGUGAUUGGUGCCAUUGAUGGCACACUUAUACCCAUCAAAAGACCAAGCGGUGACGAUGAAUCUGCAUACGUGUGCAGGAAGGGGUUCCACGCCAUCAAUGUACAAGCCGUUUGUGAUUCAAACCUUAGGUUCAGCAAUGUUGUUGCAAGGUGGCCUGGGGCGAGUCAUGACUCAAUGAUCCUUAGCAACAGCCUGUUGGGACAGUCGUUCGAGUCCUCUCCUCCAGAUGGAUGGCUUUUGGGAGAUUCAGGAUAUGCAUGCAGGCCCUGGCUCCUAACACCAAUAGGUAAUCCUCAGACAAGGCCAGAAGAAAGAUAUAAUGGAGCCCACAUGAAGACUAGAAACACCAUUGAAAGGGCAUUUGGUGUUCUGAAAUCAAGGUUCAGAUGCUUACACAAGUCAUCAGGGUGCCUUCAAUUUACCCCCACAAAAUGUGCCCAGAUUAUUAUGUUAGCAUUUAAGCUGCAUAAUUUCUGCAUAGAUUCAAGGCUGGACAAUCCCCCUGCUCUUGAAGAGGAAAGUGCCCCAGAAAUUGACUAUGUUUAUCAGGGACCUCUGAAUGAUGGCCACAGGAUGAGGAAGGAAUUAAUUCAGAAUAAAUUUUCCUAAAUCCUACAUUUAAUAAUUCAUGUUUCUAAAUUUUCAUUGUAUACAUGACAGUGAAUGUGACUGUGUCCAAAUCAUCUAAAACCACUUGAUUAUCAUGUUAUUUCUUAAAAGAUACAGUUAACAAUUCCCUAUGAAUGAAAAUGUCAUAAAUUAUAUUUAAUACAAGUGCAAUCUAUGCGAAUUUUAUCAUGGGGGACAGGCUGAAAGGGGAACUGAUAGAUUUAUUUCUUAGCAAACUCAAAAUUUCCUCAUCGAGAGCCAGUCUCUUUUCUUCGACAGCCUGUCUUCUCUCCUCAAUGGCCAAUCUUUUCCUCUCAAUGUCUAGCCUAUGACUUCCAUCACGUUGGAUUUGAUGCAGCACCUCCAGCUUCUCCCUCUCCAGAUCGACUACUGUUUGUAGCUUUGGAGAUUUGGACUUGGUCACUAUUAAGUACAGGAAAGUAACAGUCCAGUUAAUUACAUGUAAGCAUAAUACAUCCAAUGCAGCACAUUAUCCUUUAAUAUUGUUUACAAUGAAUACUACAAUUAAAUCAUUCAUAAAAUAAUUAAUACAAUAUUAUGAGAAAUGUACCAUUAACAUAUUUGACAUAU